AUGUCUUAUUCAGAUACUCUCCCACUUGCUCGGACCAAGAAAAUGACUAGCAAGGGAAAGGAAUAUAUAUUUUCCUUGAAGGAAUCAUUCAAGCGAAAGGUGCUCCUUGAGAUUGAUCGACUGAUUGCAGAAAUGGAUAUUGCUUUAUCGGAUGAAAAUUAUGCCUUCAUCUUUAACAACGUGGACAUCCUUGGCGUAAAACUGUCUGAAUUUAAAGCUUACAGCCAUGAAUGUAUGGCAUUAGCGAAUUCAGAAGAACUGAAGGAAGAUUUAAAUGCAGAAUUGACUAGACUUGAGGAUAGGGUUCGACUCUUUCAGCAUCAUUGUAAUGAUUGGCUAAAAAGAAAUGAAUGGGCGUGGAACCAGUAUGAAAAAUCAAAGCUUCAUGCUGACGAAAACACAAAUGCUCUGUUGAGAGAUGACGCUCUUGGAUUCACAACUCCUAAAUCAUCAAAGUUCUCCGUUGUUGAUCGGGCAACUACCAGCCUAAAAGCUGAUGUUAUUAUUCACCCGAAGUCAGUUGGAAAGUCGCAUAGAUCGCACAGAUCGCCCUCGACACGUUCGAAAGAGACAAGAUCUUCAGGUCGUUCGCAAGUAUCUUCCUUGCGUAGUCGUGCUGCGGAUCAAAAGGCUGAGUUAGCGCAACUGAAGACAAAGGCGUCAUUUUUAGAAGCAAAACUGGAAGCUGAAGCAAGCAUGAAAAGAUUGGAGCUUAAAGAGCAGGUUGCUUUGGCAGAAGCAAAACUCAGCAUAUAUGAAGAAGCCAAGGACGAAGAUGAAAAAAGUCAUUUCUCAAGACCAUUGGACACGGAUGAUGAACAAAUCUGCUCAUAUGCGAAGUGCCAAUCUUGGGUGAAUAAUGGUUGUAUAGGUGUCAUUGGCUCCGGUUAUGAAGGCGCUAGUCAUCCAAAGUUGGUAAAGAAAAUUCCCAAAUUUCUUCCUGACGUGCCACAAAACACCGCGCAACCGCAAGUGGUCGAUAAUUCAGUUGAUGUUAACAAAGACUGGAACAUUACCAAUGAGCAGGAAUCUCCAAACCCAUUUGGAAAUAACACAGAAAGGGUGUUAUGCGAAUUACUGCUACAGCAAAGUGCACCAGACAUCAAAAUUGACCCAUUUGAUGGAAAUGUGCUUGACUUCCAAUACUUCAUGACCACAUUUGAAGCAGUUGUUGAGACCAAGAUCAAAAGUAAUAAAGGUCGAUUGACUCGCCUGAUCAAUUACACAACUGGUGAGCCAAAAGAAUUGAUCAAAAGCUGUAUAUAUGAUACAUCAGAACAUUGCUACUCAAGAGCAAAGGAUCUUCUGAAGAAAACCUACGGUGAUCAAUUCAGAAUUGCAAAUGCCUACAGAAAGGAGCUCAGAGAAUGGCCCACUCUCCGUGCUGGUGAUUCUGAAGCGUUCAGAAAGUUCUAUACGUUCCUCAUAAAAUGCUACGGUGGUUUGGAGAGACAAAUAAAAAGCGAACUAAACUCUCCAGAAGUCCUCAGACAACUUCAAUCAAAGCUCCCACAAGCCUUGCAACAAAGAUGGAAUCGGACGGUUCUCAACGUCCGUCGGAAAACCCAUCACGAAGCGGAGCUGAGGGAUUUUGUUGACUUCAUGGAGCAAGAGACAACGCUUGAAAAUGAUCCCCUCUACUCUAGAGAAGCCAUCAGUGAAAUGAAGAAUAAAAAGGAUAAUGACGUGAAAAACAAGAAAGAUCCACCCAAACUUAAAACAAACCUGACGGGCGUCACCAGAGAUUGUCUCUACUGUUCGAACAAACAUAAAUUGGAAGAUUGUCGAAAAAUAAUGAAAAUAGACGUAGAGGAAAGAAACAAAUUUGUUUGGGAGAAGAAGCUUUGUUUCGCGUGUUUGGAACCAAUUACCAGCAAUCACCAAGCAAGAAAUUGCGAAAACAAAUUGUCUUGCAAGACGUGCAAAAAGAGGCACCCAACCAUUUUGCAUGGUUUCAUCCGACCAAAGAGGACCAACAAGAACGACAAGGAAAAUAAUGAUAAAAAGGAAGAUGAGGAGCCUGAAAUCACAAAUGCAUUUGCAAGAACGAAAAAAUCUGUUUGUUGCAAGACAGAUAACAACGUAGAAAUCAUCAGCAUGUCUGUAGUGCCUGUGGUGUUGUCGCAUCCAAAGUCUGCUGAGUCAAUCACCACCUAUGCUAUGUUGGAUAAUUGCAGUCAGGGUACGUUCAUAACCGAUGAAAUCGUUCAUCGCUUGAAUUUAACCGGUAUUUCGUCGACGAUCGUCGUGAAGACUCUCACAAGCGAGAGUCGUGAAGAUUCUUGUCUAAUAACCGGUUUGAUGGUAGAGCCCAUUACACGAGAUUUCAAACAUUCCUUUCACAAAUACGAUCCUGGAAUACCGAUUGGUUUGCUUAUUGGAGCCAAUUGCCCACAAGCGCUAGAACCGAUAAAGGUAAUUCCAUGCGAUGGAAAUGGACCAUAUGGGUUAAAAACAAGGUUGGGAUGGAGUCUUGUCGGACCUGUGCUUCGUCGCAAAGGGGAGAAGCAGAAAAUUCGAUGCAACAGAAUUGCUGUGAAAGAUUCCUCCACUGACAAAGUUGCUGCACUUCACCUAAUUCAACAAGAUGAAUUACGGGAUGUAACAAUUGAGGGGAUGCUGAAAAGAAUGUACGAUGCUGAUUUUUCAGAAAUGAACGCAUUCAAGAAUAUUAAAAGUGAUUACGUAUCCAUUCACGACCAAAAAUUUUUAUCACUAAUGGAAAAAGAAGUAAAAUUUGUAAAUGGAAAAUAUCAACUCCCGCUGCCUUUAAUAAACCAACUUCCAUUUCCAAAUAAUAAAUGUCAGGCCUUGGCAAGGCUGAAAUGGAUCAAGAAGAAGCUUGAAAGUAAUUCGAUCUUCAAAGAGGAUUACCUCACGUUCAUGAACAACCUGACGACCCAAGGUUUCGCGGAGAUGGUUCCAAAGCAGGAAGUUGAAGGGGAACCUGGUCAUGUGUGGUAUAUUCCCCACCAUGGAGUUUAUCAUCCGCGUAAGCCUGGGAAGAUCAGAGUAGUAUUUGAUUGUACUGCUACAUACAAAGGCGUCUCCCUGAACGGACGACUCAUGCAAGGCCCAGAUAUGACAAAUCUGCUAGUUGGAAUUCUGUGUAGAUUCCGGUUGGAACCAGUAGCGUUUAUGGCGGAUAUCGAGUCCAUGUUCUAUCAGGUUAAGGUGCCGCCGAAUCAACGGGAUUAUUUGCGAUACCUUUGGUGGCCUGAUGGGGAUACCUCUAAAGAUUUGGUAGAUCAUCGCAUGACUGUCCAUAUAUUCGGUGGAAAUUCCUCCCCAAGUUGUUCCAACUAUGCCCUGAAAAGAAGUGGGACAGACAACGAAAGUGAAUUUGGUGAGGAGGCUGUGAAAGUUAUUAUGAAGGAUUUUUAUGUCGACGAUCUUUUGAAAUCCGUGAAAAGUAUCGAAGAAGCCAUCAAAAUCAUCAAAUCAACGAUACAAAUUUGCAGCAAAGGUGGCUUCCGCCUCACAAAGUUCAUAUCAAAUAGCAGAGAGGUUAUCAAUUCCAUUCCUACUGAAGAACGCGCAAAGAACAUAAAGUCCCUGGACUUAAAAAACGAAUCGCUGCCGAUCGAAAGGGCCCUCGGUGUUCAUUGGUCGAUAGAGGACGACAAACUAGGUUUUCGCAUAACCAUGCAAGACAAACCUCUGUCGAAGAGAGGGGUGUUGGCUACCAUAAGCUCAAUUUAUGACCCGCUUGGAUUAGCAGCGCCGUUCUUGUUGAAGGGUAGAAAAAUUAUGCAAAAUCUUUGCAAAGAAAAAACAUCAUGGGACGAAAAGAUCUCUGAACCUCUUCGAAGCGCUUGGGAAAGAUGGCGAUUAGAUAUCGUCCUUCUUGAAAAAUUGGAAGUUAACCGAUGCGUCAAGCCACUUCAUUUCAAAGAGAUCGAGUCAACGUCCCUCCAUCAUUUUUCAGACGCAUCCAAUGAAGGUUACGGAACUGCUACGUAUCUUCGCAUCAGAGAUGUAGAAGGAAACGUCAACUGCUGCUUACUCCUUGGAAAAUCGAGAGUAGCUCCAAUAAAGAUGGUUUCAAUACCAAGGUUGGAGUUGACAGCAGCAACUGUGGCCGUAAAGGUCGGAGUAAUGUUGAAGCAAGAAAUGCCUGUCGUAGACUACGAAUGUUAUUGGACAGACAGCAACGUAGUACUGGGUUAUAUUAAUAACGAAUCAAGACGUUUUCAUAUUUUUGUGGCAAAUAGAAUUCAACAAAUUCAAGAAAAUACUUCGUUGGAUCAAUGGAAUUACGUUCCUUCCCAUGAAAACCCAGCCGAUGAUGCCUCGAGAGGCAUACGUUUGAAACAUGUAGAGAAGAGUAGUAGAUGGUUCAAGGGACCUCAGUUUCUCUGGGAAGAAAGGGAAGCAUGGCCAGCUGCCUACGAUCCAGCGAAAAACAGUGUCACUGAUGAUCCCGAAUUUAAACGUAGCGUUUCAGUAUUUGUUUCAGCAACUGAUUCUGGAAUCUUAUGUACAUUCGAGAGAAGAAUUUCCAGGCUACAGAAAUGCAUACGGGUCAUGGCCUUGGUCGGUCGAUUUAUCGACAUUCUGAAGAUGAAAAUAAAAGCCCCAAGUCAUGGGAUGACAAGAAGAAGCCAGAAGGCGAGUCCCCCAGUGCUGUGCGUUGAAGAUCUUCAACGAGCCGAAAAAUGUUUAAUAAAAUUAGUACAACAACAACACUUUGCCUCUGAAAUUAAAGCUCUUGCUUCAAAGGAAUGGAGACAAGAUCGACGAAACGACAAAAUUAAGAAGUCUGCUUUGAAAGAAUGCAGCAAAUUAUACAAAUUGAGUCCUUUCAUUGACGAUGAUGGAAUUCUCAGAGUUGGUGGAAGAUUGUGCAACAUGGAUGAAGCGUAUCAAUUCAAAUAUCCUGCUAUUCUUCCCAAAGAAAGUUGGUUUUCCAAACUUGUGCUCCGAUGGUGCCACGAAAACACUCACCAUUCGGGGAGAGGAAUAACAUUGCAAGAAAUUCGGCAACGUGGAUAUUGGAUCAUACACAUCAACUCAGCAGUACGACAGUUGAUUCAUCAUUGUGUACGAUGUAGAAUAUUGAGGGGAAGAGCUGGCCAGCAAGUCAUGGCAGAUUUACCCAAAGAUCGAGUAGACGCAUGCCCACCUUUCACAUACUGCGCAGUGGAUCUCUUUGGGCCAUUGGUCAUAAAACCAUAUCAAAAGUUUGUAAAAAGAUAUGGCUGCCUCUUUACCUGUUUGGCGAGCAGAGCCGUCCAUAUUGAAGUUGUCAACACCUUGGAAACUGACUCCUUCAUUCUAGCUUUGCGACGGUUUGUUGCUAGAAGAGGAAACAUUCGAACGAUGAGAAGCGACAACGGCACUAACUUUGUCGGCACCGAGACCGAGUUCAUAAAGGCAUUAAAACAAAUGGACAAUGCGAAAGUUAAACAAUUCCUUCAAAGUGUUGGUUGUGAUUGGAUUCUCUGGAAGAGGAAUACACCUGCUGCUUCGCACAUGGGUGGAGUAUGGGAGCGCCAGAUUCGAUCUGUGCGCGCAAUAUUAAAAGAUCUUUUCAAUCAUAAUGGCUCGCGUUUGAGUGAAGAAUCGCUGCACACUAUUUUAACAGAAGCAGAAAGUAUCGUUAACUCUAGACCUUUAUGCGUCGAAGCAAUCAGCGAUGCAAACAGUGCAACACCAAUUUCACCACUUGCUCUUCUAACGAUGAAAUCAAAGGUAGUUUUACCGCCUCCUGGUAAUUUUGAAGAAGCGUCGUUAUAUUGCAGGAAACAGUGGAAAAGAGCUCAACACGAACAAAGUGGAAUAAAAACGAACGAAAUUUUGCUGGAAAGAGGACGGUGGCCACUGGCAAGAGUGGUGGCUGUAAAAACGAGUGCAGAUGGAAAGGUUCGGAGUUGUAGCGUGAAGCUUGGUAGCCGUGCUGGUACAAUAUUGGAUCGACCAAUCACGAAAUUGAUACAAUUGUUAGAAUAUCGAAUCCCCGACGAGGAGCCACAAUUUUCAAGAUGA